AUCAUUAUUGCCCACCUGGAGCAGCUCAAUCCCUCCUCCCCAUCCCUGGCUCCCAUCCUCAGCCCAUAGUCUGUCUUCCCCAGAGAAGCCACCGGAGGGCGCCCGUGAGCACCUGAGUCAGGUCCCGUCUAACAAGCCCAGGAAGGUCCUGCCCCAGGGCCUUUGCACCGAAUGUUUCCUCUGCCUGGAAAGCUCUUGCUUUUGGUACUCCCAUGCCCGGUUCCCUUCCUUCUCUGGGUCUCUGCUGAAAUGUCAUCUGAACAUGGCCUUGGCUGCUCUAUUGUGAGAGGCUGCUCUAUUAGACCAUGGUCUCCCCCCACAGUACCCUCAAACCACUCUUUGCUUUUUAACACGAUAUAUCAUUUACUCUGAGGUUAUGCAUUUCUCAGAGUCUAUCUCUCCAUCUUGAACGUCAGCUCCACGAGAGCAGGGAUUUUCCCAGAAGCGGGGACAUCCUGUGCAAAGGCCCUGAGAUGGGGAUGGACGUGCAGGGUAGCACCUGGCGUGGUUGGAGCUGAGCGAGGGAGGGGGGCCAGUGGGCGGAAGUGAUUUGCAACGUGAUCCAUGCAGGCAGAUGGAGGCCGUGGGGGAGCCCCAAAUCCUCUUACCCAAAAGCUCCUUAAUAUUUCCGCCUGGCGGGUCACCACCGGGCUGCCCCUGCUCCAGGUGGCUGCCAUGCCAGCGCUGGCACUCGAGGAGGGGAUGGAGGGCUGGAGCCCGGCCUCGCCACUCUACGAGGAGUACCGCCCACCGCCGCUGGACACCAUCCGCCUCCCCAGGUACGCGCUGUACCUGCUUCUGGCUGCGUUCGUGGUGGUGGCCAUAGCCUACGCCAUUGUCGGGCAUCUCAUCAAGGACCUCGCCCACGACCUGGCCGACUGGGCAUUCGGCCCGAAGCCGGACCAGGAGGAUGGCCCCCGGGAGCUGCCCGAGAGCCCCGAGGACGAAAAUCUGGAGGAGCUGGACCUGCAGCUGGCGCUGGCCUGGCGGGUUGACGAGGACGCCGCUCAGGGUGGCGAGGGGGCCCCCGCAGAAGCCCCAGCCCGGCCCUGCCACCGCCCCUCCAUCGCCUUCAAAGACCCACCAGCCCGAAGCUCCUUCUGGAAGCUGGGCUGA